AUGGGUCUCUCACUUCACAACAGCGCCGAUGCAUUAAAUCUUCUCUCCCAAGGCCCCUCGCAGGUCACCCACCCGCGCACUCGCGCGCACUACAAAGGCGCAUUCCUCCGCGCCGACGGCUCUCUGUCAUUGAACAGAGAAUACGCCGACCAACGAUUCCACCUCCUCGAUCUCGUCCUCCACGCCAACCACCAGCGACGAGCCCAAAGGCACCGGACCCGCCGGCGCCAGCAGACCAACCGCUCCAUCCAGCAAUGGCGCUCUGACCAGACGGACGAGGGCCGCGAGCCCGCGGCCCUCGACGGGGUUAGAGUUCCGGGCGAGGCCCCACAACGGCGCCGUACCCCGUCCCUGGAGCGGCAGGGCGCGUUCCGGCUCUCCGGCACGACCAGGAGUCGAACCAAUCAAGACGAAGAAGGCCUCGACGAACUUUAUCGCCUUGGUCUCCUUUACGACGAUGAGCAUCUCCGCGGCGAGGGCUUCGAGUUGGGCUCAAUCGCGCACCCUGAGCCUGAGUACACCGUCCGUCCCGCCAAGCGGGCGCGCGGGAGUCAGGCUCAACGCCGCUCGUACGAAGAUAAUUUACAGCUGGCGUUGGACCUUUCGCUCGCCGAGCUAGGCCGCGACGAAUCUUUCGCCCGUUAUCUCUGUUCGCCUGACCUGGACGAGCCCCCGUCCGAGGAUGACGACUCCUCCGAUUUCACAACUUCGCAGUUUGACUCCGGGCUCCUGAGCCCUCCCGAUUCCGACACCGAGGAUACCCCUGACCUGACAACUGAUUCUGAUUCCGGUCGCUUUUCUCUUUCUUCUUUUACUUCCUCGUCUGAGCAACAGCAUUGGGCGACGGCGCGUCCGAGGAGUAGGAGAGGACGUGCUGCUGCCAACCACGGCGUCUUCGACAAUGCCUGGAUGGUGCUGGGUGACGGCUCGUAG